AUGACCUCGACGCCCUCUCAGCUCAAAACACCCGUGCACUCGCACCCUCUAUCUCCAGAUGACGCCGUUUCGUCAGCUCGUGGUCGCAGAAGUCGUGGUGGUGGGAACACCGUGAACGGCAAUGGACUCGGAAGUGACUCAAGAACAUCACACGCGACGAAUAGCAGCAACUACUUUGCGCUCAAGGCAAAACUCGAGGCACAGGACAGCACCACGAACACUCAUCACAAUUGGGACGGCAGCGUUCGCGGAUAUGGGAAAGUAGCACCUGAGAAAAACGCGGAGGGGCGGAGCCGACGUGGUUCUACGUCUUCUGCAUCUCUGGCUCUGAUGUGGGAACAGACACCAGCAUCACCCAGGGUUCCACCACUUUUCGUCGUGGGCUCGUCUUCCCAACUAGAUCAUUCGGCCCUGGUCCCAGAAGUCAUGGUGAUAGAUGCGGUCACAGAUCCCCUCCUUCCCGCGGGUUUGGCAAACCAAGUGCUCGCGAUAAAAUGGCACGAGUACUCAGACGAAGCGAUACAAACCACCAUAUCUUCCUUCUCCGCGUUUGAUUCACCCGCAGACGCCUCCACACACCCGUACCACCCCGCCCUGCGCGUCCUCUCCUCUGCGGUACACACUCUAUCUCGCGUGCGGGUGGGGCUGGAAGAGAACCAACGCGUGUUAAAGGAGAAAGAAGCUUCACGGAGACGUAGGGCAGAUGAAUUGAUACGGGAGCUGCAGUUGGUCAAACCUGCGGAACAAGAGACGGCAAGAAGGGUGAUUCGGGCGUUAUUUGCGGAUGAUGAUGAGGAAGAGCACGAGGUGAGGAGGAAGCAGAGUGUUUUGUCGCUCACGGAAUCGCUCAGCGAAGCAAUCGCGGACGAAGCUCCUAUCUCACGGAAUAUGGCAGAACCAACCCUCAGCACGAUGCCUGAGGAGACUACCGAAUCUACAACAGCUCUAUUCACUACACAAGCGAUACCCACAAACGAGACACAUAUAGAGACAUCUACUACGAACACGAGCAUUGAAUCUCAAAACAGUCAAGAAGCAGAAGAAGAAGAAGUCCCUGAUCAACCAACGAUCACAGCUCCGAAAAAAUCACGACACGAUCGACAUUCGACGCUGAUGGGAGAAUGGAUGGGCACAUGGUGGGGCAAGCAGCGUGCUCGUAGGCCGGGCAGUACCCCUUCGCCCGACAAAAUUCAAUCAUCACAAGUAGAAAAUUCGACUCAAAGUAGUUCAGCUGUCAUUCCUCCUCCACGACGAAAAUCCGCGAAAAGUGUAUUCGGCACCUUAGGAAUAUCAAUACUCAAUCCCACGGCAUCGAUGUCCACGUCCAGCUCAACAACAGCUGCAGCGUCUCCGACGCUGGAUGGUCCUAGUACAACCCCAUCAAAGAGAAAUUCGACUGUCCCAGUGUCAGAGGACACAGUGUCCGAUGCAGUAUCCAUCAUGGGUUCAAUUAAAUCUUCACGCACGAACAUCGGAGCUUCAGGCCUGCCCUCUCCCAUUCAACCAUCUUUCCUCCCUGCCCCGCCCUUGAUAACGACAGAUACCAGCUUGUCCUUGCUCGUGCCGAACACCAACUCUAUUCCAACUUCUCAGCAUCCACCCGACUCACAAUCCGUAUCCGCAGCUGACCCAGAACUCGCGCCAAUAAUGAUGCAGGGUGCCUCUCUUCGUGCAAUAUCCAACGCCAUGCGGGUGAUGACCUCAGACCCAGGAAGCGUCCUUGCAGAUGCAGGACGCGAGACAGGGCCAUUGAUCAAAAAGUUGGCAUUGGAGUUGGUGCAGAAUGCACGUGACGAGGGUGUUAGUUUUAGGGAGACAAGGAGGGAAAGGGAGGCAGGGUCUUCCGCUUCUGCUACAGAUGGCGCUGGGUCUGGGUCUGGGUCUGCAGAUUUGGCCACUACGUCAUGGCAAGGUGCUGGAGCUGCGACGUUAUUGAAAGGUGCUUUGACGCGGGAGGUCGAGAGUAAGCGUGGGAAAGCCAGAGGCACAACGACGACGACGAAAUCCCGUGCUGCUUCAAUUAUACAGGUAGCAGCUGGGGCGGUGACUACACCUGCUGGGUUCGCGUCUCCGCUUUUUGGAUCAUUCAUGAGCCAGCAGCAGAGUAAGCCAGCUGAGAGAGCUGCUGUUCUGGGGUCGGGAGUUGAGGGCUCGAAGUCGCCUUUGGGGUCAAGAACGAAUAGCAGCGCAAAGAUUACGUCCCCUGUUACAAGUCCCACCUCCAACCUCAAUUCGAGUGCGGGGUCUAUGGGUAUAGCUACUGUGCGAGGAAGCAAGCCUCUGUCGGUCCCUUUGGAGUCGAUAAUCCCAGCCAUGGCAAAACCGCCAACGCAGUACUUGUCGAGGACGUACACCCCACUCACUGCGAGGGAAUUCCGAUUCUCCAUACCUCUGCCGCAUCGUUUUGCGAGACACAACCAGAGUGAUUUGAAUGAUCCAACACAUCGACCACUUACAGACCGAUUUGGGUUUAUGUAUGAUGUAUCCCAGUACGAUGUGCUCCUUCUCAUUCGCGCAAAGGAGUGUGGGAACACGGCGCCUGCCUGUUUGACUGGGGUGAAGAUCGCGGAUAGGGAGGAGGACAAUAGUUGGCCUGACGAGGAACAGAGUGCGGACAUGGAUGGAGAUGAACACCCGACUGGCAUUGGGAUCGUCAAAGACCAUUGUGGGUGCGAAGGGAGUGGGGAAAUGCCUCUAUCACUUCCUGCUUCCGUUUCGGAUUUGAGGAGUAUCAAGAGCACGGAGUCGCCGAAUGCAGGAUCUAUGAGCACGAAAUCGCGUUCGUCAUCGAAGAGCCGCAAACGGUCGUCUAUGGCUGUAUCUGGUGUGAUAUCCGCCUCGACGAUAGGUGUUACAUCCACAACGUCGAUAUUGAGCGUGAACUCUGAUACUCCCCGUCAUGCAUGUCCCAACACCGUCCUGAAAUUGCUCGACCAGCUCACGGAGAUCCAUGACCAGCGACAAGCAGGACAGAGGAAGGAAUGGGAUGCUUUCGUCAAGCAACGAGGGAAAGCCUCCAGAACAAUGAGUAAACCUGGGGGAAGCAGUGGAGGGAACAGUGGGGGAACGAUGUCUGCUAUGUCUGGUGCUGCGGCUAUUCUAGGGCUUGGCACCGCAGGAGAGGAAGACGAGUUAACACAUAGUGAAGGCCUGAUUGGGUUUGCGCAGCUUGGAUUGACGUCAUCGAAUGCGCGCGAUCAGAGGCGGGAUUUCGAAAGACUGGUGAGGAACGGAAUUCCGUUGGUGUAUCGGAGUAAAGUGUGGUUCGAGUGUAGUGGUGCAUUGGAGAUGAAGGAACCGGGUGCGUUUAGGGAUUUGUUGGCGUUGAAGACGGAGCCGGUUGGUGCUGGAGUGGAGGUGGAGAUUGAGAAGGAUGUGGGGAGGACAAUGCCGUUGAAUAUCUUCUUUGGUGGGGAUGGGGCGGGGGUGGAUAAGCUGAGGAGGGUAUUGGUUGCAUACAGUCGACGGAAUCCAGCUGUGGGGUAUUGUCAAGGGAUGAACCUCAUCACUUCCACCCUCCUCCUCGUGCAUGCCGACGAGGAGGAAGCGUUCUGGAUGCUCGCAGCUAUCGUUGAGCGUAUCCUCCCUGAAGACUUUUUCUCGCCCUCUUUGCUCCCCUCACGAGCAUGCCCGCUCGUUCUCCUCGAUUAUGUACAAGAGUACACUCCCAAACUUCAUGCACACCUGACAGAGCUGGGCGUAGAUCUCGGAGCUAUCUGUUUCUCAUGGUUCCUGUCGCUCUUCACUGAUUGUUUGCCUGUGGAGACCCUGUUCAGGGUAUGGGAUGUAUUCCUUGUCGACGGGCUAGAUGUUCUCUUCCGGAUUGCCCUUUCAAUCCUGAAGAACAACGAGCCAGAGCUUCUGCGCUGUGAGACAAUGCCUGCCGUCUAUGUCGCUCUCGAGAACCUCCCAACUCGGAUGUGGGAAGCUGAUAAGUUGUUGCAGUCGGAGUUAGACCUCCGAACUUACCUGGUUCACGCAGACCUUGUGAACAAACGCAAAGCUCACGUCACUGCUCUCAAUCAAAUCAUGUCAUAACUCGCCAUUUGUCGCAAGCUCAUCACCAUAAACACAUCACACGUACACAACUUCAAGUUUGGGACAUACCUACCAUCACUUAAUACCAUUUGUUAUUCCGCCAUCUUGUCACAAGUCGUAGUCUUCGCAUUCGCAUUUGUUCAUAGAGUCUUCUUGCUUUCAUUUUACUUCAAUGAGGCAUUCUUGUAUGUAUAUUAGUAAAUUAUGUAUCGUAUGUACCUGCACAUCGUAGAUGAUAUUUCUUAU